AUGGCGAACCAUGCAGCGAAACUCAAUGUUCGAACAAUCGACGAUCUAGAGGACUUGGCAAAUGUGAUAUUGGCCAGUGCGAAGACCGUCAAGUCUUUCCUCUCAGACAACAAAAUCCCGGCACCUUCAUUCUCCGUCGAUGCUCCUGCGAGCUUCCCGGAAUGCCCUCAAAGCGUACGAGAUGCACGGAGUCAACUCCUUGACGCCUCCAAGAAGAUACACCAGCUGGCUCUAGGGCCUAUUGAUCAUCUGUUCGAUUACAGUUGCUCGUACAACAUCCCCAAUGCUUUUCGCUGGAUCUCUCACUAUGAUGUGCCGUCGUUCGUGCCUAUUGAUGGUGACAUCAGCUACUCCGACCUGGCAGCAAAGUCGGGGUUUGUUGCGCACACCGCCGGAUCCAAGCUCCUGACGGUCCCUGGGCCCAGGGAUCUGGUCUACUUCGCCACCCUGGAGUCCACCCCAUGGGCAGCAUCAUACGUCGAGACAUUUGACAAGUGGGGCUACUCAGAGGAGCCCAAUGAGACCGCCUUCAACUAUACCUCGGGGAGUUCCCUUCCUGUAUAUAAGGCAUGGGACAAGGAUCCCGUGAGGGGACCUCGGUUUGGACGAGGCAUGGACGGAUUCCAGUCGUCCAGCGCCUAUCACACCGAUCAUAUGAUCAAGGGAUGGGACUGGCAGCUUCUGUCCCCGGGCAGCACCGUGGUUGACAUCGGGGGCAGCAGGGGAACUGUAUCCUAUGCUCUCGCGAGGGCUUUCCCGAACCCCAACUUUGUCGUUCAGGACCUUCCUGAAAUUGUCUCCAAAGCACAGGAACAGGUUGGCGUUGAGAGCGAAGUCGCCUCGAGGGUGUCAUUCCUGCCUCACGAUUUCUUCACGGCCCAGCCCGUCAAAAAUGCUGAAGUUUAUUUCCUGCGCAUGAUACUUCACAACUACUCCGACAAAUAUGCGGUCAGCAUCCUUCACCAUCUCAUGCCCGCGAUGAAGAAGGGCCCCAGGGGCUCCAAGCUGUUGAUCGCGGACCAGAUCAUGCAGCCGAUGCUAGGUUCAAGCUCUUGGGACAGCGGCAGUAAUGGCAGUAACGGCAUAUCGGCGCGAGAUGAAGGCGCGAUGCGAUUCUUGGAUCUGCAGAUGCUCAUAAUGCUGAACGCCAAGGAAAGAGAAAUGGUGGACUGGGAGGCUCUUUUCAGAAGAGCAAGCGAGGGACGGCAAGAGGGGGUACUGCAGGUGACGGGGCAUAGAAAGCCAGAGGGAGGCGUCCAUUCCAUCAUCGUGGUAGAGCUGCUUCCUCGUGGGGAUGAGUAG